UGGGAGUGGGAGAGCGAUUUCUAGCCGGGCCUGAGGAGCAACUACAGCCGCCGGGCUGUAUGGAGCCAUCGGAGGGCACUCUCCUGCCCCCCAUCAAGGGGACUGCGGCAGCUCCAGCUCCUGUCGCCCGCCCUUGGAGACCCAGAUCGGCUCGAGCGGCACCGCCGCCUGGCGUAGGUAAAAUAAAGUGGGAUCCUUAUGAGUCGACAGCGAAACACGAUUUUGUCUUUAAUCCAGCAACAGAACUCAAUGCAGACUGUGCCCGAGCAGGGACAGGACACGUCAUUCCCUUCCAAGUGAGUGAACCAACUGGAAGGAAUACCUACCAAGAUGAGUUCUAUUGGAAGCCUUAUUGCAAGGCAGAACCUAUAAGGAGCGGCUCUGCAUCUGGAGUUAGAAGACACAAUCCACAGCCUUCUGAACGUUUCUUGAUUUGGAAGGUGCCCCGAGAAGAAGCCCCAUUACCUACAGACAGCAUUUCACCUUGGACAAAACCAAUUACUUUACAAGACAUUGAAGAAACCAUAAAAAAGCAGUAUCGAUCAGUAUACACUGGAGAUUAUUUAGGGAUACAACCAGGUGCUCGAAAAGAUUCUUCUGUGUCUGCUCCACCAGACUGGAAAACCUUAGUCCCACAGCCUCCAGAUACUGAGUUCAGGCGCCAUUACCAGCCGCAAGCCCAGGUCCCUGACUUAAAGGACUUCACUUGGAAAUAUGGAUGCAAUGCAAAUCGCCAUAUUCCUGUGAGAGGCAUUGUUCCUUCUGUGUCGUUUGUUAAUAUCUGGAAUCAAGAAAAAACUAAACAAAUGAGCACAUACCAAAAAGAUUUUGGGACAGAUUAUCAAGAUAUUAUAUCAGUUUUGAAUUCUCUAGACCCAGAAGAAGUUAAGGCAUAUGUGGAAAAAGCUCCUACUCCCGAAAAACUCAUCCUUCAGAACUUCCUUGACAAAGUCAAUGGGAACAAGAAAGCAGAAAGACCUUCUUCCUCAAAGAAGCCAAGAGAGCAUCCUGUGAAAUGCACAUGAAAAAUUCAGCAAUAUUCAGAGAGGCUGAAUCACAAUUGAAUAUUCUUGCGAUCCCUCUUUAUAUUAAACUGUUUGAAGACCU